AUUGUAGCAUUAUAAGAGAAGUCUAUUUUAAUUUCAACCGAGGACAUGUCUCAUUAUGUUCUCAUGACAAAUGAACUUAAUAUUCAUUACCAAUUCCCUGCUGCAGUUAAAUCAUGUUGCCUGGCCACACUGAUUUGUUCCUACAACAUCCUCACAGUUAAGGUUUAAUUCCAUUUUUAGAAAUUUGAUCUCAUCGGGUGAAUUACACACUCAUAAAUUGAAUGCUACGUCACGCUCUAGUAAUGAAAAAUUUGCGUGAUCUAUCACGUAGUCCGAGUGGAACGGCCUUUGGCUCCUACUUAGUUUCAUCUUUCUCCACUGGAGGACACUGUGGUGUUGGUAUCCCGCUAACCAACAUGAGGAAGGUGUCUUUAAUAAGUAGUGGCUUUUGAAAUUGAUUGCAGAAAUGAAAAAUACCAAAGUAAUGUCAGGGGUUUUGUAAGGAAAUCUAUAUAUAGGCUCAGUAAUUAGAAAAUGGAUUUAGUAGCCUCCACUCAGGGAAACUGUGACAAUGAGGAACGAUUGUAAUCUGUUUUUGACAAUAAACAUGAGACUAAUAGGUAUUAUCUUGUCAUUAUCAGCGUCUUCUCUGUCCAUUGGCGAGCUCUUUAUUCCUUUUAAAUGAACACAAUCACAGCUUUCUCUGUGUUUUCCUGUCUGUCUAUAACCCGACAGGGGGACAAAAGCAGUCAUCUGAAUUGAUCUCAAGUAAUUGGAGGCUGAGGGAAGACAAGUCAGUGGACCAUGCAAAACAGAUCCAACAGCCGGUACUUGUUUGCAAGUAUAAGAACACAAACAACCUGAGUACUUCAGGAGGGGAGGAUCACAUUGUGUCAGACACAAGGCUCACUUCACAGCUCUUCAUCUUUGCUGCCGUCAGGUGGGAGUAUGAACUUCUACAAGGAUCUUUGUAUUACGUGAUGUUUGGAAGUAUAUGCAUGUGUUUUUUAUUUGUUUUAUUCUUUGUUUAAUCUCUGCAGGAAUGUCAUCCGAGGAGUUUGUUCGUGGGAUGCUCUACGUGUCCCUCACAGUUGUUGGAGUUCCGGGAAACACUGCGGUGAUUGUUGCAUUCCUCCUUUUGUUCUACCAGGAGAACCGCCUCCUCCCAGCUGAUGCCAUCGUCCUCCACCUGGCCUGUGCUAACCUGCUGGUGGUGGGCGUGCGCUGCCUGUUGGAGACCCUGGCCUCCUUCCACGUGGUCAACGUCUUUGACGACAUCGGCUGCAAGGCCGUGAUCUUUAUCUACAGAACUUCUCGCUCCCUCUCAAUCUGGCUCACCUUCCUCCUGAGUGCCUACCAGUGCCUCAGCAUCGCCCCUCCUGGGUCGCGCUGGGCCUCCGUUCGCACAUCAGUAGCUAACUACCUGGGCGUUUUGUUCCUCUUCCUCUGGAUCCUCAACACGUGCAUGUCCUCGGCAGGCAUCAUGUUCUCCUUCAGCACUCACAACGCUUCUAGUCUGACGAACAAUGGCAUCAACGUGGAAUUCUGCUACGUCGUCUUCCCUUCAAAGUUGUCCAAAGAGGCCAACGGUGCAGCCCAAGUGGGCAGAGACGUGGUGCCCAUGGUCCUCAUGACUGUAGCCAGUAUGAUCAUCCUGGUUUUUCUUUACAAACACAGCCAGCAGGUGAAGGGGCUCCGCAGCAGCAGCGGCAGCAGAGCUGGUGGUGGCGGUGGCGGCGGCGGCGGGGGAAGUGGCGGAGCCGAGCAACGGGCUGCCAAAGCUGUGGUGGCACUUGUUACCUUGUAUGUGGUCCUCUAUGGGGUGGAUAAUGGGCUCUGGGUGUACACUCUCACUGUGAGGAAAACAAUGAGUUCCUCUCUGAUGUCUGACCUGCGUAUAUUCUUCUCUUCGCUGUAUGCAGCACUAAGCCCUCUGGUUAUCAUCGCAUCUAACAGGAAGGUGAACAGCAGACUGAGGUGUGUAACACAGGAGAAGCCAGUCCAGGAGAAAGGUACAAGUCUUGCCACUAUGUGAGGCCUACUGGGAUGGAUGAUUGUUCACGGGGCUACAGGGGAAGAGGUGAAGCUAAGGCUGGAUCAUACCAUACAUGCGUCAUUCUGUCUUUGGAAGGUUACUGGGUGUAAUCACUUCUGACAGGAGUUACACAGACCCUGCUUUCCUCUCUGGUGCUUUUCAUAACACAGUUUCUUAUAUGUGCUCUUAUACCUGUUUUUCAGAGGAUGGCUGAUGGGAUUUAUUGCGUUACUGCCUGUAAUUAAAGAAGAAAAUAGUCAUAACAGCCCUGUUCCUCAGUAACAAGUCUGUACAAAUCUGUGCUGAUCUGGCACGAUGUUGUUUUUAGUUUAUUUAUUAUGUUCCCCCCAUCUUAAUUGGAUGGAAGAAUUAUAGUCGGCUGAUCCGGAGCUCAAUGUAGCUGUCAAAUGACUUCCAGCUGCCCAUUUAGCUCUAAUUAAGGCUUUGAAUAGCAUCUGGGAAAUGUCCCGUGGUAAUGAGGCAGGUUAAUUGUCCCACAGAGAAUUGGUUAAAAACCUGAUGUGAAAAUAUAUUCUUUAGAGGCGUAAUAAAAAAAAAAGGAUGUUCAUAACUCCACGAUGAAUUAGUAAUAAUGCUGACAAUGUACGUCUUGAGGUCUCCGGGUGCAGCUGUGAGAUGAGAAGACGUUAGGGACACAAAGCUACACCUUGAAACGAGCUGCGAAGCGUUUGCUUUGGACGCGGCGCUGUGGGAAUUUAGGAGUCAUUAUGUAAUUGCCGAGUCUUGGAGAAGCAAGGGCAGAGAGACGGGGUGAGGACAUAACAACCUCUGUGAGUGACAGUCCAAAAGACAUAAAGUGGGCCUGCCAGCACUCUGUGAUCCUGUAAUAACUCUAAAGUGCAAUCAGUGCUGCUCCAUUCAGCUGCUGUCGCAAUGCAGGUAAGGCAGAGGUGGAAAAGUCGUCUUUCUGUGCUUGUGCAGAAACUGUUGCAUUCAGGCUGACAUCAAAGGACAUUAGAGGUCAUUUGUUUUUCGUCACAGAGCAAAACUCCUUUAUUGUAAAAGCCGCGAGCAUUAAAACUCUCAAUUAUGUGAUCAUGUUUGUCUCUUUCUUUCUUUCGAAGCAAAUUCCAGACGAUAAAUUCCAUGUGUCUUACUCUUCAAACCACUGAAAUCUGAUUGGCACUUUACACAGACUCCGGUGGAAUGAAGGAUAGAAUACAUGGAUGGUUUCACAAGAGCCUCUGGGGACGUUUGGCGAACGCCGGUGUUUCCCUCCAGCGCUCGCAGCGAUGCCGUUUCUUUUUCUGCCAGGGAAAAAAAGCGGAAGAUUAGUUCAAACAUACAGAUACGUGAAAGACAGGUUCCAUUGAAGUGUGCGCUCAAGUCGCUUUUUACGUGCGAGUGUGUGUGUGUGUGUGUGUGUGUGUGUGUGUGUGUGUGUGUGCAGGGUGUGCCAGGCGGGCCUCUCCCUGCACAAGACUGGACCUGUUUUCGCUGUUUUUCAUCCUCCUGGAGUCCUUUGAGCCUGAUGAAUGCAGGGUGGCGUAGAACAAGUAGAGACCAAACAAAUGUUACCCUCGCUUUCUGUCUCACUCUCAUGACUCACACACUUGAGUUCUAAGACUUACUUCCGUGUAAAAAAAAAAAAAAAAUAAAUAAAAAAUGACUAAACACCCUGUUGAAUUUUUUCUUAGCCGUAGCUCAACGUACCUCGUGUGUGCACUUUACAAAUGUGUCAAACAUUUGUAAAGUGCACACACGAGCUGGAAGAUAACAACAAUAAAGCAACCGUAACUGAGAUUUUCAAGUCUUUUCAAAACUUCUGUUUCUCUGUUAAUUAGACACCCAAUACAAACCUGUGCAAAAAUCACACACCCAAACAAACAAACAAAAAAAAGCUGUCAAUGCGUCCAGAGUGAAAAUAAAAUUGUUGCGUUGCACGA